UCAAAAUGUUAUCAUUGCUAUGAGUUAGUAGUAUUAAUAGUGGUGUCACUGACACUAUUAUGAUGUAUUGCUUUGGUUCCCUCCUGCAAUCUCGUGAUUUGCCAUUAGAAACCCUGCGUCAUAGAUGCAGUUCCUUGACUCCUCCAGUAGAUGGCGUUUUUGGUAUUAAAAGUACUGUAGUUUUGACAAAAAGUGCAACGUGGAAAGUUUGAACGUGCGUGACAACAUCACGAGGGCUUACAGUUCAUGUCUAACAUGCUCCACAGUCCGCACUGGAGCUGUGUGUGAGGAUUCAGACAUUUUAAUGUGAUCAAAGGUUCUUGCAGUGAACUUCAGGAGAAGGAAGCGGUGAAGGCGAUGGACGGAGCCGUGGCUGUGUUAUUAAUCUCUCUCGCGAUGUUUGUGGGAUGUUUUCUGCUCGGACUCAUUCCAUUACUGGUCAACUUUUCCCAGCAGAAACAGCAGUUUAUUACUGUGUUUGGGGCGGGGCUUCUAUGUGGCACCGCCCUCGCGAUUAUCAUUCCGGAAGGGGUGGAGCUACUGGAGGGGUCAUCCAGAGGUUCGUUUUGCUCGGAUGCAACAGCUGAGCGAAACAACUCGGAUUCGAUUUCUGCUCUCAAGCCUUCUUCAGAGAAACGGUUGCGUCCGCACGUCUUCAUUGGAGCUUCACUGGUCCUGGGGUUCACACUGAUGUUUGUGGUGGAUCAGAUUGCUGAGUACUGCUCUGCACAUGUCUCACGUGCGAGCGGAUACAGCGGCAGCACCACUGCGACUCUGGGUCUCCUCAUUCACGCAGCAGCUGAUGGUAUGGCUCUAGGUGCAGCUGUUGCAUCAUCUCAAGUGUCAGUUCAGGUCAUUGUCUUCUUUGCUGUAAUUCUACACAAGGCCCCUGCUGCAUUCGGCCUCGUCUCAUUUCUCAUGCAUGCAGGUCUGGAGAAAAGCACAGUUCAGAAGCAUUUGCUGGCUUUUUCCUGUGCAGCACCUCUGACGGCAAUCUGCACCUACUUCAUCCUAAUCGCGACUGGUGGAUCAUCAGAACACAGACUCAGUGCAACAGGAAUUGGCAUGCUGGUCUCUGCUGGGACUUUCCUCUACGUGGCUACGGUGCAUGUUCUUCCUGAGAUUAACAGCAGAGGGCAGCAGCGGUCCGGUCCGGUUCACCACCACGCGGGAACAGGAGCGUUCCAUCACACAGGACUCGGUGUACUGGAAAGCGUCACUCUGGUGGUCGGAGCUGGACUUCCGGUUCUCUUAGCCCUCGGUCUACCUGAGGAAUGAAACUCAUUCGUUGACUAAGAUUCCCUGUGGGACUUUUUUUUUGCAUUUUAUUCUUACAAAUGAUCCAAGAGUUCAAUUAUUUAUGAGUGUUUUUGUAGCCCUUUGCCAAAUCUGUGAACUUAGCAGUAUUUUUAUAUUUCAAAUGCACUGGUCCGUGUUUCAUUUCACUUCAGAACAUCAUGCUGGUGUUGAUCCAGGAAUUCACCAACACCGAAAUUACUGCUCCACGAUUAAUUGUAUCGCAUCGCAAUGUCGCGAUUUAAUGAAAUAAACAAGUGCACGUGGACACAC